AUGAUGCAAUUUAUGUUAUUGUUCAGUCGCCAAGGAAAACUUCGUUUGCAGAAAUGGUAUACGGCCUAUCAGGACAAGAUGAAGAAGAAAAUUUGCCGUGAACUUAUCACGCAAAUUCUUGCACGUAAACCAAAGAUGUGCGCUUUUCUCGAGUAUAAGGAUCUCAAAAUUGUGUAUAAGAGGUACGCUUCGUUGUACUUCUGUUGUGCUAUUGAACAAACUGACAAUGAGCUGAUAUGUCUUGAAGUUAUCCAUAGAUACGUGGAGCUACUGGAUAAAUAUUUUGGGAGUGUAUGCGAACUCGACAUAAUCUUCAACUUUGAAAAGGCUUACUUUAUACUAGACGAAUUCCUUCUGGCUGGAGAAAUUCAGGAGACGAGCAAAAAGCAAGUGCUGAAAGCAAUCGCAGCUCAGGACCUGAUCCAAGAGGAGGAAACGCCACAAGGCUUGUUCGAAGAUCACGGUCUCGGCUGA